UCACGUGCCGCAGUCCAACAUUCGUCAUAUCGGAGAUCUCGCUGCUAGCGACGCUAGAUUGAUACUAUAGCGGGUCUAAGCCGUUUUUUUCUACAAGCAAGAAACUAUACAAACAAAGUGAGAUUUGAAGACUUCUUAGCAGCUGAUGUGGAGAGUUAAAUUCUUUUGUUUUGAUGUAUGUGUUGCUAACCAGGCUUAUUCAUCCAUACCUCUAGUGUCUAGACGGUCGUCAACUCGUCAAGAAUGACGUUUAGUGUGUUUUACAAAUACUGUUUUGUUUAUGUUGCUUUGAUUACGAUGACGUAACAUCGGCUGACGAUCUUAGCUGCUUACGCAUUGUGACAUAAUCCUCUUGAAUGACGUCAUGCUUUUGCUAUGGUGUCUCUCUUUUCUAGCGCUGCAGUCUCUGGCACAGGCAAACUGUAAAUUACUGUCAAGUUCGUCGUCUGGAGAGGAUGUCGACGAAGGAUCUUUGGUGUAUGACGAGUGCACGUGUCUAGGCAAUCGCAGUGGCGUAGAAGCAAUCAUGUUUACGAUCGACGGUGGAAAAAUUUUAGAAAGCUACGGCCAAAUCGGAUCUCUACUCGAAGGGUCUCGCAAGAGGGUGAGCUCUAUUACCAUUCCAAACUUCAGUAUCAGCAAGCAAGGUCAGCUCUGCUGCUCUCAGCCAUCAUCAUCUAAAGAUUGCGUGCGCCUGCGUGUAAGAGAAUCCGCAAGUUCCAAGCUAGACGUGAAGCUAGAAAACGUUACAUUUAGUCAAGGUUGUAGGACCUCGGUGUCGAGAUGCAAUUCGACUCUAGAGGUUCUCUGUACUUUGGAAGCUGCCAGCCAGCAAGAGCUUGCUAGUGGUUUUAUGACGCUGUACAAAAACGGCAAGUCUGAACCGGUAUUUGAUCUAGAGCCGCAAAUAGGACAACGUUCCAGGUCGAACUCGACUGUGUGGUGGAAGACCGACAAAUUUGCAGCAACAGUUCAAAUCGGGGACACGAUUGGGUGCCACUGGGACCACCACGACUUGGGGCGAUCCCUCAAAUUGACUCUGAACGUGACCUUGUCACUACUCAAUGGUGAUUCAACGCAGCCUCCCUCUCCUACUGCAUCUACUGAUUCGAGUUCUUUGUCUAAAGGAGCCAUAGCUGCGAUUGCUGCUUCGUUACUUGUGGUGUUAUUGGUUUUUUUGGUCGUUCUAUUUUGCUGGUUGGCACACAAAUACGAGUGGUGUCGUGACAAACUGCCUUCGACUCCUUUGAGAUCAUUGAACGAAGCAACUGGUAAUGACAAUCAGCCGGACACACCAGAAAGCACCGAACAAGAAAGAAGCUGCGACAAUGCGCAAGCCCUACUGGAGAGAAUUGCCGCCUCUGUCGAAACAACUAAAGUCGACGUGGCAGCAAUUAAAGCGCAAGGGCAAACACAUGACGUCGAAUUGAGAUCAGUCAAAGCACAUGUUGACAAGAGAAUAAUAGAAGCCGUCGAUUCUAUUAACGACAUGGAACCAAAACCGCAAGACAGAUGCAAAUCAAUCGUUGCUAGGUCGACAGACGAUGACGAAAGUUCUAGUUUACUUGAACGAGAGUCGAGCAGUUUUCCAAAACAACGUGUAGGAUGGCAGCCACCAAAUGAAGUCAAUGAAGAGAUAGACAAAGAGCUAAUGCCACAAAACUUGAAGGCAGGUAACCAGAAAUCGCAGUCAACUUCAUCAAGAGAAAUGCAAACGACCCAACAAUUCCAACCCAACAUUUUUAAUAAAAUUUUAAGACCAGAAUAUUGGACGGUCCUUAACGAACGUCUUUGCCCUAAGGAAGUCAUAGACAAACUGUAUGAAAAGAGGGUCAUAACAUAUGACCUAGUAGAGGAAAUUCGAACAACACAAACAAUCGGAUGGCAAGUGGACAUACUGCUAGCUCGAGUCAGUCGUAUGAAUGACGAAGAUGUGAAAAAGUUUGCAGUUGUUUUGUCUAAGACUAAUGGAAUUUCAGAUGUCGGUGGGCAGCUGUUAAGAGAUAUUGAGACAGCAGGAGAGCAAGAACCCUCCACUGAUUAAGUAAAUUUUGCUAACAUUUAUAGAACUGCUCUCAAAUUGGCGUCUUGCUAUAUAUACCACUGAUAUUGCGUUCAUAACGCUAUUACAAAUUAGAUUUUUGAGUUACAGAUAAAUAAAUCACGUAACUUAGAAAUUUUAUGACAGAAAGAUAGUCAAGAGCUUGUAGCUGCACAUGCACACUGAAUAAAUUCACAAAUUAUUAUGUAAAGCAGA